AAAGUCACGCUUCUGUAGGCAUUCAAAGUAACCACAUUCUUUUCUACCACUAGAACCAAGAUGGCCAUGUCCCUUGCUCGCUCCGCCUGCAGCGGCGUCGCUGCUCCCCGCAGCUCGACCACCCGCGUCGCUGCUGCUCGGCCAGCUAUUCGCCCAACCCUCAGGACCGUCGGCCACAAGGCCCUAGCACCCAGCCGGGGCGUGGCCACCAAGGCCUUUACUGAAGUGGCUAUGAUUGCUGGCGAGGGCGGCUUCGUGAUUGGCACUGCUCUGACCAUGGUCGGCAUUACGCUCGUGGGCCUGGCCGUUGGCUUCGUGCUCCUCCGUGUGGAGGCCCUGGUGGAGGAGGGCAAGAUCUGAGCAUAGGACCGUGUGUUAAGUGUGUGUGUGCGUGUGUUGUGGGUAUGCAUAGUGCUGAGAGUUACGGGGUAUGACGGGGGGCUGUUCACCAGCGCUGGGGACUUCAACUGCUGCGCUGAAUCACGCGGCACAACGGGCGUGAUUUUGGAGAGGUGUUGGCCUGCAAGGCUGACACGCCGGCGGGCUGUUUUGCUUCACGUACG